AUGAAUUCUCCACGUGGUGAGUCACCACGUGCUACAGGUACAUCCGCUCCGUCUGAAGCAAGUACCGCGAGUCGUAAUCCAGACGAGUCGGAGAUAGAGCUCAUCUAUUCUGGCGAGUCGGAUGAUGCAUCCGAAGCGAAGGCGACUCCUCAUGCCUCGUGGUCACCCGAGGCGGACGCUGCAAAAGCCAGGCUGACUGGCUCUGGUCAGCGCGGCAGCACCAUGAGCGAGAUUAUCGGAUCGAGUGAUCAUUCCGAUGAGUCUCCGCCUUACGAAGGUCCAACCAACGAUAGGACGCGUGGUUAUGGUGGUAAUGCACCUAUGCAUCACAAAGAGAGAAGCAACUCGAGAGGUCAAGCUGCCACUGUUGUCAGUGCUCAUGCUGACACAACACAAGAGGCCAGGGACCGCAAUGUACUGCGCCACUCUUCUCAAGUGGAGUCUCCUUUGAUGCCAUUGUCCAAGGAGUUAGAUCGAUGGGCCGGCAUGACUACCGAACGGGAUCGAAUCCCGUCGUUCGAUUGCAAGACGAUUUGUCCACCUGAUUCCAGCACGGAAACUAUCCGUGCUAAGUAA